GGGAGACGAGGCGCAGGAGGAGAGGCGGAGCGCAACGGGCGAGGAGAGGAGGUGACCUCGCGGCAGGUACUAAAUCAUCAUUAGUCAAGAUGUCUUCAGCACCUGAGCCUCCAGCUGUUAAAAAGGAGCCACCCAAGGAAAAAGACCUGGGAAACCCAGGGCUCAGAGGGAUCCGCACCACAACCUUAUUUCGAGCUGUGAAUCCAGAGCUCUUCAUUAAACCUAACAAACCUGUAAUGGCUUUCGGAUUGAUAACCCUUUCACUUUGUGUGGCUUAUAUCGGUUAUCUACAUGCGACACAGGAGAAUAAGAAGGACCUCUAUGAAGCUAUUGAUAGUGAGGGACACAGUUAUAUGAGGAGGAAAACAUCUAAGUGGGAUUAACAGUGCUGGUUACUGCAGAUGGAGCUUUACUGGGGACUCUGAAACCUUCAGGUGAAGAUUAGCGCCACACAGUGUCUUGUUUCUUGUUCUAGAAGACGCUACUGAGGAGGAAGGAUGGCGGCUGCAGCCAGGCCACUAUAGUGAACGUUGUCCUUUCAAAACCGUAGCCAUUAUCGCAUUCUUUUUCCACAGAAAGAGCUGCUCAGUAUUUUUCCUUGACUAAAUCCUCUUGUAAAAGUGCCAUGAGAAUGGAAGUCACUUUUGUGAAUUAAGUUCUAUAUAAUAAAAAGUACCGAUGCUCUUAAAUUUA